AGUGUGACUUCAUGCAAAGAGCCAAGCUGACACGCAAGAGCAGCCACAGGUAAACCUCCGACAGCACCGACAACGAGGCGCGGAGCGAGACUUUGGCUAAAAUUUGGCCAGUCCUCCCAGUUUCUGUCAAUCAACAGUUCCAAUGGCCACAGCUGGAAAGGUCAUCAAGUGCAAGGCUGCGGUGGCCUGGGAGCCCGGCAAGCCUGUGGCGAUCGAGGAGGUGGAGGUCGCUCCUCCCCAGGAGAAUGAGGUCCGCAUCAAGAUCAUUGCAACUGCCGUGUGCCACACGGACCUGUACCACCUGUUUGAGAGCAUGCAUAAAGACGGCUUCCCAACCGUCCUGGGCCACGAGGCGGCCGGCAUCGUGGAGAGCGUCGGCCCGGGGGUCACCGAGUUUACGCCAGGAGACAAAGUGAUUCCUGUUUUCCUUCACCAGUGUGGAAAAUGUCGCUUCUGUUUGAGCCCUAAGACCAACCAGUGCCAAAAGGCUUGGGAUGUUGUCCGUCCUAUUACCAUGGCGCCGCUGGAGUCCAGGAUCACCUGUAAGGGCAAGAAGAUCCUGCAGUUUGCAGGAACCAGCACCUUCUCUGAGUACACAGUGGUGAACCACAUGUCCUUGGCCAAGAUCGACCCCGCUGCUCCUCUGGACAAAGUCUGUCUGAUCGGCUGUGGCAUCUGCACUGGAUACGGAGCAGCCGUUAACACUGCUAAGGUGGAGCCCGGGUCCACGUGUGCCGUGUUCGGUCUGGGAGCUGUGGGUCUGGCUGCAGUCAUGGGCUGCAGUGCUGCGGGAGCCAAGAGGAUCAUCGCCGUGGACAUCAACCCAGACAAGUUCGAGAAGGCCAAGGUGUUCGGGGCGACCGACUUCGUGAACCCCAAGGACCACAGCGAACCUGUCAGCAAAGUGCUGGCUGAGAUGACCGACGGAGGAGUGGACUAUUCCCUGGAGUGUGUGGGGAACGUGGAGGUCAUGCGCAGCGCCUUGGAGUCCUGCGUCGGCGCUUGGGGCGUCAGCGUGAUCGUUGGCUGGACAACCUUAAAAGACACCUCCAUCCAACCGGUUCAGCUCAUCUCUGGACGCACCUGGAAAGGAUCCCUCUUUGGAGGCUUUAAGGGUAAGGUCGACAUCCCUGGGAUGGUCAAGGCCUACAUGGACAAGAAGCUGAAGCUGGACGAGUUUAUCACUCACAACCUGAAGCUGGACCAGGUCAACGAUGCCAUCGAGCUCAUGAAGACGGGCAAAUGCAUCAGGACAGUCCUGACUACGUCCUAAACACUGCUUUCAACCCAAGUCAGAAGUAUUACAGUAAUAUCUAACAUUCGCAAACAACCUUUACUGCGGUAUUUUACUGCAGUUAAGCCAUAAUGAAAACCUUUAGACUGUGACUGUAGAGCAAAAACGUUCUCAAAGUAAACGGUCCAAACAACAA